ACGGCCGUGGCUGCCGCCGCCGCCGCCGCAGUGUGCGCGGCUCCUCCCGCUCCGCCAGCCAUCCCGCGGGGUGAAGGCCAUGGACGUCAACCAGCCCAAGCAGGAGCAUUUGCUGGCCCUGAAAGUGAUGAGGCUAACCAAACCUACCUUAUUCACUAAUAUUCCGGUGACUUGUGAAGAAAGAGAUUUGCCAGGAAAUCUAUUUAACCAGCUCAUGAAAGAUGAUCCUUCUACUGUAAAGGGUGCUGAAACUUUGAUGUUGGGAGAAAUGCUGACUUUGCCUCAAAAUUUUGGAAAUAUAUUUCUGGGAGAGACAUUUUCCAGUUAUAUUAGUGUGCACAAUGAUAGCAGUCAAGUUGUCAAGGACAUACUGGUGAAGGCUGAUCUUCAGACAAGUUCUCAGCGUUUGAACCUCUCAGCUUCAAGUGCUGCAGUGGCAGAACUUAAACCUGACUGUUGCAUUGAUGACGUGAUCCAUCAUGAAGUAAAGGAGAUAGGAACACACAUCUUAGUUUGUGCAGUGAGUUAUACUACACAGACUGGAGAGAAGAUGUACUUCAGAAAGUUCUUCAAAUUUCAGGUUCUUAAACCACUAGAUGUGAAAACCAAAUUCUACAAUGCAGAGAGUGACCUCAGUUCUGUGACAGAUGAAGUGUUUCUGGAAGCUCAAAUUCAGAAUAUCACUACCUCUCCAAUGUUUAUGGAGAAGGUUUCUUUAGAGCCGUCUAUGAUGUACAAUGUUGCAGAACUGAACACAGUUGACACAACAGGGGAAAGUGAGUCUACUUUUGGUGCAAGGACUUAUUUACAACCUAUGGAUACACGUCAAUACUUAUACUGUCUAAAACCGAAGCAAGAAUUUGCAGAGAAAGCUGGAGUAAUAAAAGGUGUAACAGUGAUUGGUAAACUAGACAUUGUAUGGAAAACUAAUCUGGGGGAACGAGGAAGGUUGCAAACUAGCCAGCUCCAAAGAAUGGCCCCUGGUUAUGGUGAUGUAAGGCUUUCAUUGGAGACAAUACCAGAUACUGUGAAUUUGGAAGAACCUUUUGACAUUACGUGUAAAAUAACAAAUUGCAGCAGUGAAAGGACUAUGGAUCUGGUUUUAGAAAUGUGCAAUACUAAUUCCAUCCACUGGUGUGGAGUUUCAGGAAGGCAACUCGGAAAGUUGCACCCAAGUUCAUCCCUUCAUCUUGCACUUACAUUGUUGUCUUCAGUGCAGGGAUUGCAGAGUGUCUCUGGCCUAAGACUUACUGACACAUUCUUGAAGAGAACAUACGAGUAUGAUGAUAUUGCACAAGUCUGUGUAGUUUCUUCAGAAAUCAAGCAAAGCUGAAGAAAUCUGUAGUUUUACUGGGCUUUUUUUUUUUUUUUUUUUUAACCAACCUCUUAAUGUUUUUGCAUUUAAUUGUUUUAAAAUUAGUACAAACAAAAUCAAAUCCGUAUAUAGCUGUAAAUGUGAUAAUGAUUAUUUAAUUGCUCUGCGCAUUUACUGAAUGUUUCCAAGUCUUUUAAAACAUGCAUAUGCAUUUUAUCUAGUAACAAUAAAACCUUUGAAAAAAGCG